UGUCCGGACAGGAGAGAGCGCGUGCGCCUGGAAAAACACCUGAAAGCAGGAAAACAGCCACUAACAUAAAGGAUUCUUUAUAUGCACAUGAAGCAGGUGAGAUGUUUCCUCAGUGGCCGUGUCUAUCAUAUGAGAACCUGAAUCUGCUGAUGGAGCUUUCUGUGGACGAGUUGCAGCUGAAAUUUGUGGAUGUACUUGAACUGAAGAAGCAUGAAACCUGUGUAAAGGAGGCCUCACUGUUGGACUACUUUGUUGGAGGAUUUUGGUGGGCCAAAGAGAUGAGCUUCACAUGCCAGCAAAUCUCAUUUGUUAUGGCUCUCCUACAGAAGUUGCUAGACAACAUAAAAGACAAGCACAUGCCAUUUGCAGACAAUUUUAAGGAGUUCACUCGGAUGCUGCUAGCAACUAGACAGUCGCCUCCAUCGGCGGGCGCCACCUUUAAUCCGCUGUUUGAUGUGGAUCAAAUCAAGUCCAUUACAGAUUACUUCAGCAGCAGUAUUUUCCAGCAUUACAGACUGUACGAGUUCGUCUUCACUCACCUAAGAGAUGAAAUGCUGCUAGGAACAGAGAGAAACAUCGAGGUAGUUCAUUCAGCUGACUUCAUCGCUCCGAUGGAGGACGGAACGCCAGCCGAUGACCUCCGUCUCACAGCUCCCUCCCCUGCCACACCACCCGAUCAGGAUUCAAACACACAUGUGGAGAAGAAUGUGGACGAUUCUGCUCAGUGUGAACAGGGAGAGACACUCCAAAGUCUGGAGAGCUUCAGUGUGGAAGAUGUGUGAGAAGUGCCGGAGGAAACGAGCAGAGACGCUGUGAUAGCUGUGGGAAGAUUUUACAGAGAAGCUGCACAUCCAGGAAAAAACCUACACAAAUACUGUACGUUAGAGAGUCUCAAGAGACUGACGUCCAAAUAACGCUGCUGAAGAACAGGGGAAAGAGCC